GUGGCACAUUGCAGGAUUAUCCCUUGGCCAUUGAGAAACACUGGUUUGGUCAGUCUUACGUCCUCUCUGGGUUCAGUUUAGCCACAGAGGUCAUAGCCACAAAUAUAACAUUUUAAAAAGCAUCCUUUACCAUCCAGUUGAACCACGACGAAAGACAGAUCUGGACCACAAAGUAACACAUCAGCAGGGAGGUUUUAUGGAACUGUGGAUAUAAUUUCAAAUUCUGGGAGUCUUUUUUUAUUUUUCCACAAUGGAACCAAACAAGUGCAUGAGGAACCCCGCUCUACUGCAGAGGACACGUUUGGUCUUUAGCGUGUUUUGCCACAUCCAGGAAAAUGUCUGGCUCCUACGAUGAAAGUGCAGGUGCUGACGACACUAUGGACAGCUUCUGGGAGGUAGGGAACUACAAGCGUGUUGUCAAGAGAUUCGAUGAUGGCCAUCGGCUUUGCAAUGACCUUAUGGGCUGUCUUCAGGAACGUGCCAAGAUAGAGAAAGCCUAUGGUGAUCAGCUAACUGCUUGGUCCAAGAGGUGGAGACAGCUCAUUGAGAAAGGCCCACAGUACGGCUCUGUGGAGAGAGCCUGGCUGGCUGUGAUGACUGAGGCAGAGAAGGUGAGCGAGUUGCACCAGGAGGUGAAGAACGGCCUGCUGAACGAGGACGUUGAGAAAGUGAAGAACUGGCAGAAGGAAGCUUAUCACAAGCAAAUGAUUGGGGGCUUCAAAGAGGCCAAAGAGGCAGAGGAAGGCUUCAAGAAGGCUCAGAAACCAUGGGCCAAAAAGCUCAAGGAGAUGGAGGCAGCGAAGAAGACGUACCAUAUGGCCUGCAAGGAGGAGAAGCUGGCUGCUACCCGAGAGGCCAAUGGCAAGACUGAGGCCUCCGUCACACCAGACCAGCAGAAGAAACUCCACGAGAAAGUGGACAAAUGCAAACAUGAUGUGCAGAAGGCGAAGGAGAAGUAUGAGAAGUCACUGGAUGAGCUGAGCAAGUGCACCCCCCAGUACAUGGAGUGCAUGGAGCAAGUGUUUGACCAGUGCCAGCAGCAUGAGGUCAAGAGGCUGACCUUCCUCAAGGAGGCCUUGCUGGAUAUCAAACGCCAUCUCAACCUCACCGAGAACCAAAGCUAUGCCACAGUAUACAGAGAACUGGAGCGCACUAUCCUGGCUGCAAACACACAAGAGGACUUGAAGUGGUUCAGCAACAGUCAUGGCCCUGGGAUGCAUAUGAACUGGCCUGCGUUUGAGGAGUACAACCCUGACCAGGCCAACGCUCCGCCCAAGAAGAAGAAGCCAGAUGGUGCCCCACCCACUCCUAGCACUGACCAUGUGGCUCCACCUGGUGACCGUAGCAGUGUGAGCAGCUAUGAUAAGAACCAAGCUUACUCGACUGAGUGGUCCGAUGAUGAGCAACCUACUGCGUACUCUGGCAACGAAAAUGGUGGCAACGGAAACUCAUUUGAAGAUGAUUCAAGCGCUGGGAGAGGGGUCCGCGUGCGAGCUCUCUAUGAUUAUGAGGGCCAGGAACAGGAUGAGCUGUCCUUCAAAGCAGGUGAUGAACUGACCAAGACUGAGGAUGAGGAUGACCAAGGCUGGUGUAGAGGUCGCCUGGACAAUGGCCGAGAGGGACUGUACCCGGCCAAUUACGUUGAGCCUAUCUAGUCACAUUACUGGACAAGGACACGCCAUUGGAGGCAGCUUGAACUGUCCCAUCCAAUUGCACCGCACAUAGCCAGAGACUUAAGAGCAACACAUCCCUUGCCCAACUGAUGCGCCAAGCAGUCUUGCCUAAAUAAAAACUUAGUAACAUAAAAGACGAUAUAAUCAGUAUAAUAUAUUUUAUCCAGCAUUCGGGGUGGGUGGACUUCCACAAUUAAAAACAGGAGCAGCAGUUAUUUCAGUAUAUACACACUCAAGUAUAACAUCAAGACAAUGCAGGAACACAUUUUGCUUCUCUGUGUAGCUGUGUUUAAUAUAUAAUGCAGCAUAUCUAAACUUGCAGUACACUGCAGUAUGUUCUCUCGUGAAAGUGGGAAGAUAAUAUAAUCGACUAUACCCAUUCUACAAAGACAAGCUUCUUACCCUGCAUUGUGUAUAUACAGUAUGACGCCAUUUUUGUGUAGCAUUUCAAUGCUGUGUGGUCAGUCGUCAUUCUUACAUUGGGAAUGCUAUGUAGUGUUAAAAGUACCACAAACUGUAUCCUCCAUUUUUGUUAUCCUUGUUUUUUUUUUUUCUUUGUGAUUUGGUCCAAUCCCUUUUCAAGUGUGUGCAGUGCUGUGUGUUUUAACUGUUUCUGAGCUGGCUUGCAUAGCAGCAUGCGCUAUGCAACUUGCAUUCCCUGAAUCUUGUAGCCAUGUUUCGGCUACAACGUGAUGCAACACUACAACUACAAAUGCAGAGGACCACAGUUCAUUUUUUUUUUUUUUUUUUUUUUUUUUUUUUGAGCAUCACUUGCUUCUGGACAUGCACAUACCUCUGUUUUCAUAACAAGAAGCUUGUUGGUGCACAGAUUUUUUUUUCUUACCAUUGAGAUUUUUUUUCUUAGCAUCACAAUCCAAACCAUCCUCAUGAUUUCCAUAGAAAAGAUAUAUCUGCAAUAUCUUGAACUGAAGCUUUCAUUCUAGGUUCAGCAAUUCAGGUUUUGAUCCAACACUGCUAACAAGAAAUACAUUAUUGUUCAAAUGAUGCAUUUGCUCAGAUUUAGCUUGGAUCAAGUCAUUCUCUUGAGGUAAUCACUACAGUAUAGGAGAAGAGUUUUGGACAAUAUCUAUGCCAGGCACUUUUCUUUCAGCGAGAAGGCCCAGAGGAGCCGUGUUUAUAAGUUACUGUGCUUACAGACCCUUGUCUGACGAUUGAAGCCUCUCCAACAGGACUUGAAUGUACUAGUGUGUGGGCUUGAAAGGGCAUGUUGUUUAGAUAUUGUCCUCCGCUGUCAUUUAAAGCCCUGCCUAGCAAAAAGCACUAGUUAUGUGGCCCGUUUCCCUGCUGAGCCAAAGAAUGACCCAAUACCAUCAGCUCACUCUUCUUCUCUCCAUGCAAUAACACACAUAUCGCAUAGCAUUGUGACAGAGCUCCAGCGAAGAUCAACUUGUAGCUGCUUUCCACCAGUCUGCCCAAACUUCAUUUGUUCACAAAACACUGUGUAAUAACACAGGGAGCACAUUUGUCACCAGUACUGUGCUGUACUUGAUAUUAGUCCUUGAAAUGUACAGUACAUUAUACAGUUAUUUUUAAAUACUUAUCUUGCCACAUAGAAAUUAUAUCUCAAGGAGGGAUCACGUUAAUCACCUUCUGAUGAACACAUUGCGACAUGUGGCACCUAAAUCUCGUGUUAAAUGAUUAUAUGGGAGAGAUGCUCAGUAUAUCUCAGUUGUCCUAAAGUUGUUACAUUUCACUGGACGUGACAGGGGUAAGAUGUGUUUAGCUCUGAGUUUAGAACAGAAUUUAACAGGUUUGGGUCUUGCACAGUAAGAGAGAAAACACAUAACCAGCUCACAAGUUGUGUCUUAGAGUAAGAUGUCCAGCCUAGCAAAAAGGACUCCUAUCAACAAACUAUCCCACAUUCUCUAUCCCACAUUCUCACAUACACACACACACUCGCACACACACACACACACACACACACACACACACACACACACACACACACACACACACCUACAAACACACACGAUACAUGUGACAACAUGCAAGUACAAAUGCAGAUCAGCAUUACCAGGUUGAUAUUUUGGGGGAGACCAUAUUCAUCAUCCAGUGUGUAUGAGUUGUGUAAAUGUAAAAGAGAAAAAGAAAAAGAACAAAAAAAUAAUAAUAAUGAUAAUAAUAAUGCAAGUGAUUGAAUAUUAAGACAAAAUGUAGUGUUAUACAUGUAAAUGUGUUUCAUUAAAAUAACAGCAUUGGAAAAACAUAUUGAGUAAUAGGUACCAUAUCGUAUGAAUUUCAUUGCAAUGGAAUUGUCAAUGUACCAUAUAAAAGCGUGAUGUUAUCCCACGCUGUCAGAUUUGUAUAUGAUGAUGUAAUUUAAAGAUUAUAUUCUAUUGUAACUGUACAACUGUGUUGAGUUGAAAAUGAAACCUAACUAUGUUGAGGCAGUAAAAAGGUGUAUAUGUAAAUGCUUUUUUAUGUUGAUUAUCUCUUCCUUAUGCACACCAGGGGGCAACAGCUCAUGUUGUGAAAACCCUAUAUUAGCGGUCUAGAAGAUGUAUGUUCAUAGUUAGUGAUGUACUUUUAUCUCCUAACUGGUGUAGUGCCUGUUCAUCUUAAUGUAACAAAAAGUUCAUUUAAAUAUGCAUAAAGAUGAUUAUGAUCACUGAUAAUAAUGAUGAUAGUGAUAAAAAACUGAAUCCAAUUUGUUGUGAUGGUGUCAAUAUUGCGAUAUUGGUUUGAAAGGGGAACAAGUUUGUUGAAAAAAAAAAAAGGUUAGUGUCUGUGUGUUUAUUUUUUGGACUGUACAUGUGAUUUUGGUACAGUACUAUGUAGCAGAAGUGAUAAUAGUGGAGUUUGUUAUAUCCUGUUUGUGCUUGUUUGAUUGCUUCUAUGAAGACGGCACUCGAUAAAUUCUUGUUUUAUUUUAGACACAUAGAGAACAUACAGCAAACCCAGAGAAAAAAACAAAUAAACUGUAAGACUAUUCAUCAAGGGAGGUUUAAUAAAAUAUUCACUUGUAUCAGCAUUGCUCUGCAACAUCUACACAUUCUCAACGCCCCCAAAUAGGAAUAACAGGAAUACAGCAAGUGCCAUUCUUAGAGAGGAUUUACAGCUUUUCCACAUAGAUGCAGAUUUUAAAAAAAGAUAAAAUUGGCUACAUUUUUGUGACCUUUCAAGUAACUAUGCAUUGCAUCAUUCUGAAAUGUAAAAUUUGGCAAACCCUACAUACAAAAAAAAAAAAAAAAAAUCCCAUUCAGUACUGCUGAGAGUAUGAUAGGCAGGAAUGCAUAUUUUAUUAGGCAGUCUUUACAAUUGAAAUGAAACAACAAAUAAAAUUAACAGAGAGCUUCA